AUGACCGACACCAAUGGGAACACUGUAGUCCACCUAACAGUCAUCCACGAUUUGCCUGAAAUGUUCAAUCUAGCGUACAGCAGUGGAGCUUCUCUCAGUAUAAGGAACAAUUUAGAGUUGACACCCUUGGCACUCGCAGCACGUUUGGCUAAUAAAAGAAUGUUCUCCUUGAUAUUGGAAAGUGAAAUGGAUAUAGUUUGGAGGUAUGGGAAUAUUGUAUGCAAGGCGUAUCCAUUAUUAGAAGUCGACACUAUUCGGGAAGAAGAUGGUGGUUUGAAUCCAAAUUCUGUUCUUGCCAAUGUCGUCUACGGGGGCAAAAGCAGCCACCUUGACUUCUUUGAUGGACUGUUGGAAGAGCUGCUUAAAAGCAAAUGGGAGGCUUUUGCGAAACGAAGGUAACA